UGCAGAGACACUGUAGGGGGAAGGGGAGGAAGACGCUGUUUCCUCACCUCCAUCCCUCUCUCAGUUCAUCAUCAGUUUCUCUCCUGUUCAGGUCAGGCAGGGUUGAUCUAACAGGAUGGACCUACAGUCCACCGACUGGAGCUGCUGGAGCUGCUAUUUACCAAACAGCACCAUGGGAGCUGGAGUCCCCCGGGGGUGCAGCAGAACAGCUGAUCUGCUGAGGAUUGUGGGUCAGCAGAGUUGGAAGAUGUGAGCUGGUGGGCGGGCGCCGCUCAGCAAACUCUUGCUGUCUCCUCUCUCCUCAUUGCUGCUGCAGCCUCAUCAUCAGCUUCCUUAGCCUCUCAUCUCCUUCUCCAUCUGACUGCUCCACCAGGAAGAGCCAGGAUGGGCUGUCGCCUCAGCCGGACCAAGGCUAAGACGCAUGAAUCUUCCCGUCAUCGGCGCAGAGAAGAGCUUCACUUUGUGGACGAGUAUGGUCAGCCCAUCACAGUGGCAGUGGAAAGUAAAAGUGGGCGUGGUCACAGGAGGCGGCGGUCCCACUGUGCCAUCGAGUGUAGCCUCCCACCAGAGAGGCACUGGGAGGCCCUGAGAGCGAUGGGUCUAAUGGAGGGGGAGGAAGGACAGGGAGACGUCUACGGUGCAGGGAGCUACUAUGGACACAUGACUGUGUCCCCUGAGCCAUACCCUGCCAACAGCCACAUGAUGUUGUCAUCUGAUGUCUAUCCAACCAAUUACCUCCCCACAGCAUCAAAUGAUCAGCAUCCAGGUAACAACUACCUGCCUAGCGUCUCCUACAGCUUGGACCAUCUGGACAGACUGGACUACCAGGGUCCAGAGAUGUUGCCUCACCAGCCCAGCUCAGAAAGCUGUCUGAUUGGCUGCUACAGCUCAGAAGAAGGGACGAGUUUCCCCAGACAGUCAGACUAUCAUCCUACCUGGAGGCCUGACCGUCCACUCAGUUACCUCCCCCUCAGUGAGCUGGACAGCGGCUUAGGGUGCGGGCCAGACAGUCCGCACCACAGGGUGGCACUCUCUGAAGCUGAGACGGAUGCCAUGUCAUCACUUCCGGGUCACACCCCUUCCUCCCAAGGUUCCUCCUCCUCCUCGGAGUCCCUGAUCUCGUCUGAACCCAGCGACUCCGGCUUCCACAGCGUCAGCACCGGGGAGCACAGACGGCUGCACAAGCUUCCCAGCACCCACACUCACCGACCAACUCCGCACCUCCGAUCAGGCCACUCCCCUCGAGAGCAGAGGGCACGUUGGGAUUUGGAGUCCAUCCCUGAGACGACGCCAGUGACCCACUCUGGACCACCACAGGCGUCCCGGUGCUCUGUGGGAAACAGCACUACUACAAUGGUUCACUUUCACAGAGCUGAGAGAAGCCCCACUUUACCGCGUCACCAUUCACCCCCAUCACCCUCCAUGGGUAGCCGCACUGAGCCCUGCCAGCGGAGAGCGUUGUGGUUGGAGCAGCAACAGCAGGGUCGAGGUGGAAGGAUUGAGGUCCCAGUGAGGAGUCGGACAAUAACAGAUCUGAGUGAAGGCCAGCAGCGCCGCAGGGCAAGUCAUCCCAACAUGACGGACCCAAACGUUCUAAGAAACACUCACCAGAGCAGCCAUCAAAGUCCAAGCAGGAACAUGAUGGGGCCGAGGAGCAGGGCCAGUUAUCCCAGUCACUGUCAUCCCACCGGUCAUGUCGGCCUAGACAGAGUCAGCCUGAUCAAUCAUCCAAGUUCAAACCGAAGCAGAGAGGAGGACUCCCUCUCCAAAAGCCCUGGAUCUGCCUCCAGUGGGGUCUCGGACUGGCGGGGCUUUCAGACACUCGGCAGUUACGUGGAAAAACCCAAAAGUUCCUGUGGCCCUUUUUACAGCACACUGGGAGCUCCACAACGUAGUCCUCGAUCUCCAACAUCUCCCCGCUCCAGGCUAUCCAAUCAGAAGUCAGUAAGGAACCAGCUGCUCCGAGCUCGUGCUUACCGAUUGGCCAGGGAGCGCAGUGAGGUCACAACAGAUGAAGAGAUGCGAGGAGACGGUCUGAAAGGAGGUGAGGAUGAAUGGGAGGAUGGUCGGUGGGCAGGGAGAUACUGGAGUCGAACAGAAAGAAGACGUCACAUGGCGCUGUCACGGCAACACAGAGAGAGGAGAGGUGGAGCGGAGGAGCAUUUGGGUGGGUGCCAGGGGGCGGCGUCAUCUCAGAUGGUGCUAGAGCUGAGCCACCUGAAGCAGAACCGGCUGAGGAACAGCAAGCUGCUGGAUGAUUGGACCACGGUAGAGGAGCUAUUGACACACGGGACUCGGGUAGAGAGCGACAGUCAGCUGUGUCCCAGUCCGCUGCUGUCAGUUACCACAGUUUGAAGUAAGAACAAGCACUACUAGUUAUCAUCGAGGUCCACAUUUGUUACGGGUUCAACAAAUGUUCUACAGAACAAAAAAAUAGUCAAGGCUGUUUCUAUGUGCUCAGAGUAUGACCUGAUAUAAAGAUUAGUUUACUUGAAUGUCUAAAAGACUAAUCUAGAAAAAGUUGACUAGUAGUUUAUAUGAUUUCCAUCUAGUCUCCAAAAUCCCCUCUUAACUCAAAACAUCAUUCACAAAUUUCUAAAUUUGUAUUAACAUGGAAUUUGUCCAAAGUUAUGUUUGCCAGUAGCUCUUCAAACAGAUCUUUGGAGGCCCAUAAAAAAACUAGAAAAGCACUUGGAGAGCGCAGAUCUCCAGCAAGCCGCAAACUUUGCCCCAAAUUGUGACUUUCACCUAAAGCUAACACUGACAAAUGAUCUGGAUCAUGACUAAAUUCCUGUCCGAGUCUGAGUGAUGUCAUAAUGGCCGGCAUGCUGUUUCCACUGUGGACCAGAACCUUAACUGGAUUUUCAGACCAGACCCUAAAUAGUUAAAAUGGAUUAGUUUAGAAAACGUGUCAGUAGCUCUAUAGAGAUGAUCUCCAGAGAACAGACCAACCUGCAGCGGUGUGUCAAAGGUCUACUGAGAGUCUGUACCCAGCAGACUGCCUGUGACUGUCUUCACACGACGGUUGUUUCCUGGUGGAAAAGUGACUCCGCCUCCCCUUCAGCUCCAUGGAGUAUCAGAGUUGACUCUCCAACAUCUCCCACUCACCAGGACUGCUGUUACUGCACCUUGGAACACUUUCCUGAUCAAUAUCUUCUGGGAGGCUGAUUCACCAUAAAGUUUGAAAUCAUGUUUUUCUUUCUUCACUGUGGAACAGAGCUGGUUUGCAAUACAAGAGAUUUCCCAUUUCCGCAGCACUGUGCUUAACGCAGAGUUCCAGUGUUAGAAGGUUACCACCUGUCUGAUGUGUACCAGGUCUGUGGAAUAUAACGCAUCAUCAUCGCUAUUUGAACAGGUGGGCAGCUUAUAUGGUGUUGAGCUCAAGCAUGUCUUCUUCCUGUUUAUUCAUAGAGCGCCAGUUCACAACACAUCAUCUCAAGGCACUUUACAGCUCACCCUGGAGGUCAACAUAACUCUACAUUUCACAUGUUAAGGGAUAAAGUUCUGUAGUACUAACUAAUCACAGCUGAUUAUACUUUUCAAACUCACUACUAUCUCUGGUCUAUGAAAAAAUACCAAAGACAAGACAGAUCUGCAACAUCCUGUCAUUUCCACGAUUUCUUCAAAAACAGAAACAGAUCAGAGUUUUGAUUUAUGACACAUUUUUGGUCACUGGUUGGAACUGGUUUGACUGGGAGGGUGUUGAAUGAUGUGGCUGACCAUAAGAGGCCGUGAUGCUGUCCCAGGGUGUCUCUGAGGUCCAUCAGGCUUCCAAACCACAAUGCCAGGAAGGACACCACUCGGUCACUUUCCUCCAUCUAGCAUGGUGGUCUGUGGUGAGGCAGAACAUCUAGACCUUCUCCGUUAUCAGCCCAUAGCAGUUGGUGCUCUGGCCUGUGAAGCUGCAAUGUAUGCUGCUCUGUGAAGAUCUCAGAACCGGUCUCCAGAAGUCACAGGGUCCUGCCGGGCUUGGAACAGGGCAAUAAUCCGACUGUGGCAAGGCAACCCAUCGUCCAGGCUGGUGUCCAACUUAGGACCACUGGACCUCUGGACUGUGAAUAUUGUGGGGGAGUACUAUAGCCCAAUCUGGGCCCUGAGCAAUCAAUCUGCUUCAGCUGCAGGCUAUUAUUUAUCAUGUCCAAGGUAUCCAUUGGGUCUGCUGAGCCUCAGGACUGUUGGAUGCUGCAGUUACUGCCUGUCUCCAACACCAGUCCGCAUGCAGACCAAGUUACAUGAACUCAGAUUCAGUUCUGGUGUUUAACUUUGCGGGUUGGACAGCACGUUAAAUCAAUCUCACCAACCUGUUUAGAAUGACCAAGCAACAACGCCUUAGCUUGAGGGAGAAUACAGCAGGCCACAAGAGUUCCCAGAACCUUAAGGGAAACAGAACCACACAUGGUGGGAACCCUGGUUCUGUUCGGUUCACUUCUCAACAUUUAUGAAACCUCUCUGUCGGCGUCUGGAGUGUCGACAGCGCAGUCAGCAACCUCUAAACCAGAUGUCAGCAGCAGAUCCAGCCAACUGCUUCUUAUCCUUUCAAUGACAAACUGAGCCUCUUAGCCGGCGGCGGCUUUAGGUCUGAGCGUGGAUCAGAACCCAGCCUGUUCUGAAAGUGAUGACUGAUGUUUGUUUCUUCUGCAGGUGCCUCCAAUUGGAGGAGAAACACAUGAUCCAUGUCAGGUUUAAAUGUUAUGAUGUAACGUGUUAUAAAAUGAAACUGUUCAAUGCAAUUUUGUUAAAUUUCAGCAAAUGUUUAUUUAUUUUGAUAUUUUAAAAUUCUAGGUUGAUAAAAUCUGUGGUUAGAGCAAAAAAGUUGAAUAAGAAUAAACGUCAGUGUUUGUUUUUCUAGUCUGUGUGAGAGAGAAUGAAAGAUACAAACUAUCUGUAGUGUUUAGCCAAAGAUAUUGCAUACUUUAUGUUUGUGGACAAUCUAGAAGAAAUAUCCAUAUAUGAUGAAAUACUAUAUUUUAUAAUCAUAUUUAUAUUUUCUGCUUUAUUUUGCCUUCUGACCUUCAUCAGCACCCUGCUGGUCUGAACAUAGAGGUUAGCCUAAAUAACAUUAGCAUCACUGCCAAUGAGCAAACAUUUCUACAGCGCAUCAUAGCUCCUUAGGGAUUGAAUGACAGCAUAAGAGUUUCUCCCACAGACUAGGCUCUCCCAUCCCCAUCACUGGGGUUCAGAAUGGACAGAUCCAGGUGGCAAUAGGCAUAGGUGAGCUUUGACAAUGGAGCUGGCCUUGUGGAGGCAAAGGAUGUGUUUGGAUGUCAUUAUAGAUCAGGGUUCCUCAAGUCCUGGACCUGAGGCCCGGUGUCCUGCACCUUUUAGAGGUUUCUCUGCUUCAACACACCAAAACCAAAUAAUCAGGUCAUUAGCAAAACUCUGGAGAACUGGACUGCAUGGUCAAGAGGUCGCUGAUCCAUUUGACUGAGGUGUGGCUGCAGAGUCCCAUCAAAAAGUGCAGCACACCAGACCUGAAGGACUAGAGUUUAGGAAUAGAGAGAUUCAAGCAUAAGACCUGCAGCAGAGAUCUCACCUUAUCAGACCAAAUUUCACUGAGGAACAGAGAUUUGCCUGAGCUCCUCUGAUGGACCUGGUCUCUGCGACCCCAGAACAAAAAACAGAUGUAUGCGACACGGCACCCUGCGACUGUCCUGGUGUCUUACAUCAGCGGCACAGCUGUGCUUUGGUCUCACACACCAUUUUGGAUUACUGUCACAACUGCAGGCCUAAAUAAGUCAACCAUUAAGGAGCGUUAAGCAAUCCCUUAGCAGCUCACAGGCAUAGGAGCGGCGUGUCGGUAAAACCUCCAAUAGGGCAAAGACAGGGGGUCCAACUGCCUUCCUACCGACUAAUCAACAGGAAACUGUCCAGAGAAAAUACUUGACUGUGCAGCAAAGAGUAAAGCUGCUCUUCCUUGGUGACCUCACAGAUCUAGCCCCGCCCCAAAUUCAGGCUAGGUCAAUAAAUAUCUCAACACUGGGACCUAAACAAAGGGCCGGGUCCACCUGUUCUCUAUUCAUUCAGGCCUGCCUGUCUACAACAUCUACUCAACAAUUGGCAGUAAGAAAAAUAUAGAAAACGAGCUGGAGUGUCAUCAGAUACUUAAACUUUAUAAAAAAGAAAAAACUAAAAUUCAACCUCAGAAUCCAGCAUGGCUGCCAGCAACGUAAAGCAACGUAUUUCUCUGGACUCUGUCAACAGCAGAGAUGAUGAAUGUUUGGUCACAUGUUGUCCCACUGAUUGACUUAGUGUGCAAAGAAAAAGAAGAGAAAAGCAGCUUAGCAUGCUAAUUAGCAAAGCCAACAAGCCAGACGGUUAUGCUAGGUUUGAUGCAGGCUAGGCUAGGCUAGCUCUAUCUUAUGCCACAUAAGGGGAAUUAUUUUUAAUAUAUGAUAUAAAUGUGAUUGGUAUAAUUUCAGAUAGUGCCAACUUUACCAAUAUGUGUUAAGAACAUGGCAGAUUUUUUUGAUUAGCUUAGCCUAGCAUGAAGAUAUACUGGGGUAAACCAGAUUAUUCCCCAGGGGGCCGUUAACCAGUGGCUGCGUAAACGUUAGCUUCAGGCAGAGGGUUAGGGUCAGAUUCUGGUUCAAGCAGACAUAAAUCAGCCGUAGGAAGAAUCAUCGCUUGGUUGAAUGUUUUGAUUAGAUGUGUGACAAUGAAAACAUCCAUCAUUUGAAGUGAAAGCAGCUGUAGGUCUGUUAAUGUGAGGAGCAGCAGCCAGAGCUCUGCUGGUUUCCACCUGCAUGUCAUCAGCGGCGUGCAGCUUCCUGUUUUCGUUUUUUUCUGUUUACAGCAGUUACUGUGAAGCUGAACCAUUAAUACUUCAACCUUUGAAAGAUGUUUGGAGAAGUUUGAUGGACGUAACAGUCAGACAUGGGCAAUGUGGAGUCACCAAGUCAUCUCCAUGUCAUGUAUUUAAUCUACCCAGCCAAUUAACCAGGUGAGUCCAGUCUGCACAGGUUAAUUCACGGUGAAGAUUGGACUCACCUGCUUCAGCGUCUGGGUAGAACAAAGACAUGACAUGGAGAUGACUUGUUGACUCCUCAUUGCCCAUGUCUGCAAACAGCACAGCUCUCUUGUACAGGAACCUCAAUAAACUGUUUACUGUUGACUGAGUCUGGAUUCUGUGGAAAAGCCUCAAACUUUCAGCCUCUAAACGAACCUGCAGCGUCUGAGGAACCGCAGAACGGUCAGCCUGACGCACCUGAAGGGGCAACGCAGGACGCCAUGACACCAUUCUCACCUUGGAGGAGCAGAGGGAGGA